AUGGCUUUCCUCACUGUAGCUCUUCUAUCUGUCAUUGCUCACCUGGCCUUUGGUCAAGGUAUGGGUCAAAUGGGCUUUGGUAAUACUGGAUCAUCUUGGGGUCAAGCUGGAGCCGCCUUUGGUCAAGCAGGGGGAGGUUUUGGUCAAGCAGGUGGAGCCUUUGGUCAAGCAGGAGCCGGAUUUGGUCAAGCAGGAGCAGGUGUGGGUCAAGCUGGGGCAGGAUUUGGUCAAGCUGGUGCAGGAGCAGGUUUAGGUCAAGCUGCUGGAGCAGGAUUUGGUCAAGCUGGUGCAGGAUUUGGUCAAGCUGGAGCAGGAUUUGGUCAAGCUGGAGCCGGAGCAGGUUUAGGUCAGGCAGGAUUCGGGCUUGGUCUACCCAGACUUGGCUUUGGUCGACUUGGAGCAGGAUGGGGACAAAUAGGAGGACUUGGACAGAACAUCAUCAAUCCUAUCUUGAGUGAGAACAUUUAA